AUUUCCUGUUCCCCAACUUCCGCCUUGCCCAUGUGUUUAUAAAAAUGUGGAUAGCAGAGCUGUAAAAGUAAACGCAUUACUAUUUAUCCAUACAGUUUGUGAGUGUUCUGUUUGAAAUAUGGGGAAGCUGAAUGUGGUGGUGCUGAGAUACUUAUCUCGAGAUGACUUCCGAGUCCUCACUGCGGUACGUUAACUAUCAGUCUUGUUCUUUGUGAAUAUGUGGUCUGUUAGCUUUGACCGGUUUGCUAUUAUAACGCAUUGCUAUAUGUGGAACAACGAGGUAGUAAAUAUCAACCAAUUUGAUCAGCUGUUCACUGACAUGUCAACAUCUAACAAUUACACUGCAGUAAUAUUAGUUAAAGGGAUAUUCCGGCGUAAAAUUAAUUUAAAGUCAAACUCGCCGAAACACCGAGUUAGACACCCAUUUGAGAGAUGAAUAUCGCCGACCGCUGGUAGUUAUACCAACUUAAAUAAUAACCGCAAGAUAGCAGUACACAGCGGUCACGGCAGCAACACACAAACCUCAACCAAAACGCCCCUUUACAGCCACAAAUAAUGCUCAGAACAGCACCUAACUUCAUCAGCAGUUAGGGUACUAGCCACCAAACAUCUUUUUAGCUUUGCAUGAUUUCUUUAGCAAAGAGACUAAACACAACUCACCUACUCUCUUCCAGCAGCCGCUUGUUUGUAGCAAGACCUCGGGCGAGUCCAUUACGGACUGUAGCGGGGUGACGCAGCUCAAGGAAGAAAAUUUAUAACAUUUAUAAACAUUUUACAAACAAGCAGCUGCUGGAAGAGAGUAGGUGAUUUGUGUUUAGUCCCUUUGUUAAAGAAUUUAGGCAAAGACGUUAAAAAGGUGUUUGGUGGCUAGUACAAUGGCUGGGACCCUAUAUGUACUGUUGAUGAAGUUAGGUGCUGUUCUGAGCAUUAUUUGUGGCUAUAGAGUGGCUUUUUGGUUGAGUGUGUUGCUCUCUGUAUUGCUAUUUGCAGUCGUUACUAAAGUUGGUUUAACUAGACAAGCAAGCGAUCAGCAACAUUCAUCUCUCUCAACAGGGUGUCUAACUCAGUGUUACAGUGUGUUUGAUACUAACUUAAUUUUACACCGGAAUAUCCCUUUAAGAAGAACUAUUUUAUUGAUUGAUGCAAACAACCAACCAUGAUAGCUUAGUCAUAAAGAACAUACACACUCAACACUAAGCGAUUUUAAGAUGACUUGAGCUUUGAUUUCUUAUCAGGUUCAAUUAACACAUUUUUAAUUCUUCUGUCCUUCCUGUGAUCAUGUAAGUUGGUCUAUUCUGUACUAUACAAUAUGCCAAUGUGAGGGGACCAAUGAUUCAGUUAUAUUAAGAUGAUACAGCUUUCCAUUUACCAUUUGUAUCAUAAUAACUUAGUUCUGAUAUCAAUGGAUUGUUUGGGGGCUUAAAAUUAAAAAUGCUUUACAGAAGUUCUCAAUUAUUGCUCCAUUUGACCUGUAAACUGACCUUAAUAAGGGAAAUCAGAUCACGUGUUUUCAAAAUUGUCAUUUUAUGAUUUAGAAAAGUCCUGACUAUUGUCACAUUAAGCCGUGUCCAUUUAAUGCCAUUGUAUCUCUGCUGCAGUUGUAACACAACAAAAGGUGGGACUAAGUAUCAGCACUCUUGUGACCAGACUCCUUCUUUGUGUAGGUUGAAAUGGGGAUGAAAAACCAUGAGAUUGUUCCUGUGAGUCUGCUGUCUUCCAUUGCCAGCCUCAAACAUGGCGGCUGCAACAAGAUCCUCAGAGAGCUCGUCAAACACAAACUGGUGGUCUAUGAACGCAGCAAAAGUAAGAAAUCACCUAUCAGUCUUCAGUCAUGUUUGAGAAGAUAAAUGUGGUUUAUGUUUCUUAUGUGGUAUCUAAUUGUUGUUUUUAGCUGUCCAGGGCUACAGAUUGAAUUAUGGAGGGUACGACUACCUGGCUCUGAAGACUUUGUGCUCUAGAGAAGUGAUUAUUUCAGUUGGUAACCAGAUGGGCGUGGGUAAAGAGUCGGGUAAGAAAAAAUCAUUUACAUGUAAUUUAUUCACAAACAGCAAUGAAACAUGAUUCUGAAAUGUAUAUAUAUUAAAAGUAAAGAAAAUGCUACUUUUGGGGGGGUUUAAUUCAAUUUCUGUUCAGACCAACUGCUCAAAAUGCUCAAGAGUUAUCAAUGGAAAAUGCUGAAAUGAAAAUCCUUUUUCAAUGUUUACUCAGACAGGAAUUUGAAGUAUUAUUGAACCCUUCUCAGCCCUGUCAUUAGUGAAUUUUCCCCUUGUACAAAUUUCUCAGAAUGCAGAAUUAUUUGUCAUUCAUUUUUUACUAAUUGUUUCUACAGACAGUAGUUGAGUAGCAACAACACCCAUGUGUGUAAUAGUUUCUUGAUUUUUGAUGUAAAUUGUAUCAUAUUUCCAGACUGUUGAGCUAAGGUCAGAAAUUGUUUUUUUCUCCUGUAGAUAUAUAUAUCGUGGCGAGCCCAAAUGAGGAGCAGUACGCUUUAAAGCUUCACAGAUUGGGGCGCACCUCCUUCAGGAACUUGAAAAACAAGCGAGAUUAUCACAAACACAGAAAAAACAUGUCCUGGCUGUACCUUUCGCGCCUUUCUGCCAUGAAGGAGUUUGCUUACAUGAAGGUAACAAAACAAAGAAAAUAUAUAAAUUUUAUAAAUAGAAAAAAUACUGCCAACAAUGAUCAGACUUCUAUCAAGAUCUAAUUUUUGUGUGGUGCAUCAUUUCAUUCAUUUCAGGCGUUGUAUGACCGGGGCUUUCCUGUUCCUAAACCUGUGGACUAUAACAGACACGCUGUUGUAAUGGAGCUCAUCAAUGGAUAUCCGCUGUGUGUAUACAAUCUGCCCUCCUUCUCUUACAUAAAAUAUUUCUCUAGUAGGAGUAGUAAUACCCACACCUGUCCUACCCUGUGUUUGUUAAAUGAUAUGUCUCCAUCUUUAAGGUGUCAGGUGCAUGAGCUGCAGGAUCCAUCGGCUCUGUACAGCGAGUUCAUGGAGCUCAUCGUCAAACUGGCCAAUCACGGCCUGAUUCAUGGGGACUUUAAUGAGUUCAACCUUAUGCUGGAUGACCAGGACCACAUAACAAUGAUUGACUUCCCUCAGAUGGUGUCUACUUCACACGCUAAUGCAGAUUGGUCAGUGUCUCUGUUCUAGAAAAUGAUCAAUAAUUAAAAUUAUUCAAUCAAUCAAAAACAUGUACAUUUUAAUGGCUUUGUUUACAGGUACUUCGACAGAGAUGUCAAAUGUAUCAGAGAUUUCUUCGCAAAGAGAUUCAAUUAUGAGAGUGAGCUCUUCCCAACCUUUAAAGACGUCAGGUAACUGCUCAAGUGAUUAUUUUACAAAUGUAACAAAAUUGCAAAAUAGAAAGGACCACAUGUUGGUGUUUGUUUUAGAGCCAUCAGUACAUGUGUCUAAACAUUGAAUGAACAGCAGCAUACAUUGUGUUAUGCUAUGCUCUUUUAUUUUUAUUUAAAAACUGUGAAACCCAAUCCUUACCUUAUCUUUUAUUGUCAUUAUUCAUCCCCACAGGCGGACGUGUUCUCUUGAUGUUGAAGUUUCAGCCAGUGGUUUCACCAAAGAUAUGGAGAGAGAUGGUGCAUUGCUACACCCAGCUGGACCAGAGGGAGAAGAAGAUGAUGAAGAGGAGUGUAGUGACGUAGAUGCAUCAGACGAAGAAGCAGAAAUAGAAGAUGACAAUAUGGACAUGGAGGAAUACAACAAUGCAAUGCUGGAACUGGAAGGUCUUAAAGUCAGUGACACACAGGCAGAAGGUCACAUGGAGGACAAAAAAGUGGAAGAGCAGAAAAUGAUUGAGAUCAAGUCCUCUGGUAAAAGUGAUGAAGAGACAGAGAGAGACAAAGAAGAAGAGCUGAAUGAGGCUGAUGAUGAGUGUCCAGAGCUGGCAGACCUGUCCACCGCCAACAAAGAUUUCAAGCCUUUUAGGUAAAGUCAGUGAAAGGCUCAUAAAAUCUUGUGCAAUUCAACACACAGUACAUUUAAUAACAAUUCUGAAUGUGAAAUCUCAACCUGUAGCUGUGAUGCAAAAUCAUCAAACAGUGUUGUUUUUGAUAAUAAAAUAUAAUUGGAUAUUUAACAAAAAAAAAAUUCCAAAACUGUGCGCCAAAUGUGUCCAUAACACAAGAAAGAUGCAAAUUACACAGCAUAUCUUUGUGUUGUGUUGUAAAAUGUCGAGUUUUUACUCCACAUACACAGUGCCACAGUGAUAUUUAAACCUUUGCAGAUGAUUAAUAAAGGUAAAAGUGAUUUAAGAGCAUUUUUAGGAUUAAAAAGAGUAAGUGUACAGGCUAACCUUUUUUUAUUGAAGACUGUCUUGGAUUUCCCACAGUUUUGUGAAUACACAAAUGCACUUUCCUUUUGUUUUUAUCCGUCACAUAAUGGCUAAUAACUUCUGUUGUCUUUCCUGCAGAGACUCAGACAGUCUCCUGCAUGUGGCAGAACACAUCAGGAGGAGGACAGACAGUGAGGCCACAGCAGGCAGCAUAGGGAGCUGCUCAACCAUCCCACCAGUGAGUGAAACAGUCACACAAACUAAAUGCACAGUACAACACACCUAUAAAACAGUUUGACUGAGGUAAAUGCUUAUGAAUGCGGGCCGUAUGACUAUAUGAUAUCUCAGCACAGUCAGGACUAAACUGUAAUAUCCAGUAGAUGGUGCUGAUGAGCUUUUUGUGCUUUUGCAGUAAGAUAAACAACGUGAAAUGUGCUUUGUGUCUGCCUUACAAACAAAACAGUGUACACAGUCGUCUGUAGUAAACUGCUGUCCUUGUUUUUGUGUGUCCUGCAGGACGUAGUCCGUCAGAAGGUGCGGAGGCAGCUCACCAAACAGCAGAAGGCAGCACAGAGACGGCGUCUGCAGAAGGGAGAGGCCAACUUGGUGACCAAGUCCAGACGAGAGAAUCAAAACAACAUCAAGUCUAGUAUGGAGACUGCCUCAUUCUGGGGAUAGACGGGACUGCUGUGAUGGAUGUACAACUUACAUCAACGGCUUGUGCGUCUGUGCGGGCUGAGAUGCUUAAAAACAAAUAAGGGUUGAUAAAAAAAAAGCAGCAGAUUUUGUGUGCAACAACUCAGCUGAGCUGUUCUGUCACAAAAAUACAGGAGGAUGACAGAGCUUCAAACAAUUUUUCUAUUUGAACUGCAAUGAAAUAUCAUCUGAUGUAAAUACCAGGUAACUUCAAUGAUGAAGAGUUAUGAUAAAUGAUUAAACCAGGAAAUAUAACUGAUGAAGCGUGUUUGUUUACUGAAUCUAUCUAUCAAAAUCAAAGGGAUGUUUAAGUCAGGACAUCAUCACCUGAACCUGUGCCAAAAAUCAUCACUUGCUAAGUGAGCCUGGAUUGAUGGAAUUGAUUUUCCAACAAGGCUGCAAAGAUCAGGAGUAUUGAGUUACUUUUUCAGUUUGCUCUUGUUUGUCUUUUCACUGCAGAGACUGCGACUGAUGUUGAGUAAUUAGAAUCAAACAGUAUGCAAGUUCAUGG